ACUCGUGUAGAACACUCUCCGGUAGUUUUGGCUCCGGAGACGCGCUGGACGCAGCGGACUGUCCCGGCUCCUCUCGAUGAUUCACCGCAGCCCGGAGGAAGGACAAACCUUCCACCGCUGCCCGGAAAUCGGCGCCCAAGAGCCGCACACACUCUGAUAACUGUAAGGCUUUGCUGCUUUGCCAACUUUCACGUUAUAAAAAGAAAGGGAAAACAUCAAAGGGAACUCCAAGGAAACCUAUCGGAGCCUCUCCGCGUCUCUGCCCGCCGAGCGCUGCCUCUGCUUGGACUCGAUCAGCACACGAGAUCGCCGAGCUUCCAGGGACUUAUCCGGAUCAUCUGCUCACUUAUUCAGAUGAAACCAUUCAUCACGAACUGGUUUACACUGUAAACUACUCGAAAGUGUGAACCAGUCAGCGGACAGCCAUGCUGAAGCCGGGCGACCCGAGCGGUUCGGCCUUCCUUAAGGUGGACCCGUCCUACCUGCAGCACUGGCAGCAGCUGUUCCCUCAGGCUCAGCUAAAAGCUCCUCUGGCUCCUCCACCGCCCCCACCUGACCGUCUCUCCAUCCCUAUAGACACCGUGCGCCCGUCCCGCCUGCAUAGCCACCUCCUGGCUUCCACGCACUGCACUUCUUCCUCUUCUUCUUCCACGUCCUCCUCCUCAGCAGCUUCUUCUUCAGCAGCAGCAGCAGCUGCAGCCGCAGCCGCAGCAGCAGCAGCGGCCCUUACUCCAUCCACCUCCAUCUCCAUUUCCACCAAUGCAGGGCUCUCCCAGCUGCCUGUGCCCCAGCAGAUCGCACUUUUUGGGCAGGCAUUGGCCCCAGUGUGCGCUGGACCUGGAGGUCCUGGAGGAGGAGGAGGAGGACCAGGAGGAGGCGGAGGAGGAGACCUAGUGGUGGUGGUCCCUCCAGAGAAUCCGCAAGGGCUCAACCCAGCAGCUGGGCUCCUCCAUCAGGCCAAAGAGCAGAGCUGCGGAGGGGUGGGGGUGGGAGUGGUGUCGUCCAGCGUGAAGAGCAGCAGCAGCGGAGGAAGCAGCGAGGAGGGCGGCAAAGGGACCGUGACGAGGUUCAAGCUGACGGCAGAGGAGCUGGACUACUAUCUGUACGGACAGCAGAGGAUGGAGAUCAUCCCGCUGAGCAACCACACGGGAGAGCUCAACAACCGUUGUGACAUGUGUGCAGACAACAGGAACGGUGAGUGUCCGAUGCAUGGCCCUCUUCACUCUCUGCGCCGGCUCGUCGGCACCAGCAGCACGGCAGCACCUGUCACCCUACCAGACAUCCCCGAUUGGCUGAGAGACCUGCCCAGAGAGGUGUGUCUGUGCACCAGCACAGUUCCUGGUCUGGGUUACGGGAUCUGUGCAGCUCAGAGGAUCCCUCAGGGAACCUGGAUUGGCCCGUUUCAAGGAGUCCCCCUGAUGCUGGAAAAAGCGCAGUCUGGAGUGGUCAGGAACACCCGACACUUGUGGGAGAUCUAUGAUUCAGAGGGAACGUUACAGCACUUCAUCGAUGGUAAUGAUCCCAGUAAAUCCAGCUGGAUGAGGUAUAUUCGCUGUGCGAGACACUGUGGGGAGCAGAACAUGAUGGUUGUACAGUACAGAUCCUGCAUCUUCUACAGAGCAUGUAUGGAUAUCCCCAGAGGAACAGAGCUGCUGGUUUGGUACAACGACUCCUACACCUCGUUCUUCGGUAUCCCGCUGCAGUGCAUCGCCCAGGAUGAAAACUUAAAUGUCCCAGCCACAGUGGUGGAGGCCAUGACGAGGCAGGAAUCCCUCCAGUCCUUCAGCAAAAACGGCAAACCCUCUUCCUCAUCCUCUUCCUCUUCAUCGUCCUCCACUCCGUCCUCCACCCUCAUGCGCUCCAUGGUCUUCCCCCACUCCCCAUGCCCUCGGAGUUUCUCCCUGUUGGAUAAGGUUGGGGUUCAGUCAGACUCCAGUUUUGGCCAGUUGGGGUCAAAGAACCAGAGAGUCCUGGCAAGUCCCACAUCCACCAGCCAGCUUAGCAGUGAGUUCAGCGACUGGCACCUGUGGAAAUGUGGCCAGUGCUUCAAGACCUUCACCCAGAGGAUCCUGCUCCAGAUGCAUGUCUGUCCGCAAAAUCCUGACCGACCAUACCAGUGUGGCCACUGCUCCCAGUCCUUCUCUCAGCCGUCAGAGUUGAGGAACCAUGUAGUGACGCACUCCAGCGACCGACCUUUCAAAUGCGGAUACUGCGGCCGGGCCUUCGCUGGCGCCACAACGCUCAACAACCACAUCCGCACACACACAGGAGAGAAGCCGUUCAAGUGCGAGCGUUGCGACCGCAGCUUCACACAGGCCACUCAGCUCAGCCGCCAUCAGCGACUUCCCAACGAGUGCAAACCCGUGAACGAGACCAGCGAGUCCAUCGAGGUGGAUUAACCCCCGACUGUUUCCCGACUGAGACCACGUCCACGUUAAGACAGUUCAAUAUGAAAAUGUGACUUUCUUCAGUUUUGGCCUUCCAUCCACACCAAGACUUUUUUUUUAUCAUCUGUGCUUCGUGCCACAAAAAACACGCUCACUUCAUAUUAAUUCUAAUUUAAUUUACCAGAAAUAAAGCUCCUGAGGAGCAUCACUGUGUUAAUUAGGUCCAGUCUGCACUAAAUUAAAUGUGUGGAUUAAAAAUAAAGUUUGCAAAUUCCAGGAGUUUCCAGGGAUAAACAAAAAAACAGGAAUGUAUGAUUAAUUUAUUUGGGCAAGUAUCAUUUCAGCGUAGUGUGAGAGUCACUUUGGUUGCUUUUAAGUUGGUGACAACACCUUAAGUUAUGCAGUAACAACUUCCCAACAAGCUUUAAACCAAACAAGAUGAGAGGAAGCGUCAUGGUUGUAACUUUUCAGUCGUGUUGACCCACCUGACCUCAGUUGAAGUAAAAACCUUGCAAACACAUAGAGAAAAGCUGCUGGUUGUGGCAUUUAUCUCCUAACUGUCCACCAGUCAUUGUUAGCUUCCUUCAUCUGUUAGCUGAAUAGAUCGGCCCAUUUUAACGGACCCGAUACGGCUUUUUAAUUCAGUUCAAUUUUAUUUAUUUAGCAGCAAAUCAUAACAAAAGUUGCAUCAAAGCGCUUUAUAUUGUAAGGUACAGAUCCUGAAAUAAUACAGAGAACACCCCAACAAUCAGAUGAUCCCUAUGAGCAAACGCUUUGGCAACAAUGGGGAGGAAAAACUCCCUUUAAACAGGAAAAACACCUCUGGCAGAAGCAGGCUCAGGAAGCAGGCGCAGUUUGCCGUGACCGGGUGAGGGUGAUGGGAAGAAGAGUCAAUAUAUGAUAAAUAACCAGCUCCUAAUAUCAGAUCCUUACUGUGUAGCUGAUUCUGGAUCAGGAUGGUUUUCCCUGCAGGUCUUAGCUGAUGCCUGCAGAGGGAGUUAAAUGUGUUGGUCCCCUAAUAAAUGACAACUAUUGCUUUUUAUUUGGGCUCAUUUUUGGGCCUCUCUCUCCUGAGUGGUGCAGCGUCAGGUGACUGUUAAAAAAACAGUUAUUUUAACUGUCACCAGAUUUAUAUCAGGAUAUGUCGAGUGUCUCUGAAAACACACAGUAGAGGUCACAUCUCUGCAAACAAACUGAAUGCUCUUUAUUAAAGCACACAGGAAGAGAGGGAACAAAUGUCAUGGUUUCCCGAUGUUUCCGUGUGGAUGGGGGUCUGUACUUAAGACUUUUUCAGAUUUAUCUGUCUUGGUGUGAACGUUUGUCUGACUGUUUACACUUUUGACUUGACUGACUGAGAAUUCUGGAGAGGAGCAGCAUUCAAGCCACAUUCAUCCUGCUGGAGAAACUCCUGAUUCAACCAAACCAAAGAUCUCUUUUUUUCCCUUCUUUUUUUCUCAGCAGAGAUUCAGACGGAGGAGUCGGACUAACAAACUUUUGAAUAUUUAUUGGGGACGUUUUGGAAUCCACAACAGGGUUCCCUCCAAAGAAAACUCUUUCCUGAAACCGGGACAAUAACAAUGAAAUACCAAAAAUAUUAAGACUAAUGGUCUGUCUGUAGCUUUACUUCUUUUUUCUUUUUGCAACAGUGAUGCCAAAGGAGGGCGCGACCAAAGCAAACAGUGAGCAACGACUCGAACGUCUGAUGAUGACGCUCGAGUUUUACAUCACAAAAUGAACACAAUACAAAGAGUAUGUACUGUAAAAAAACAAAACAAAACAAAAAACGGACAAAAAAAAAAGGACAAAGGAAACAUAAAUUAUAUUUAUCUUUUUCCUCAUAUCAUGCUUCAGGCACUUUUGUUUUAAAAUGUUUAUAAUUUAAUAUUAGAGAUGAUGAAGAAAAGAGGGAAAUAGUGCAGAGAUGAUGGAUGUGAUUUCUUAUAGAAAUAAUCAUUUUACAAAAAGUUUCAAUAUGAAGUUGACAGCAUGUGUUUAAUUUUUGUUUUCUUCUGCUAAACAUUUCUUAAGUUCAUGUUUUGUUUCUUUAAAAUCUCAGAUGAGGCACAAACAUGUUAACAAAUUUGGGGUUUUGAAGAAUAGUUCAUCAUGUUGUCUAUUAGAGUAUAUUUGCUACGCAAUGCAAGUUUGAAUCCACUCAGAUCUCAGAUGUGUAAAUAGUCCUGUGUCAUAACGAUUCACUUUCUAUUAAAAUGACUGAGGGUAAAAAGCACAUUUAAUACCAGAUGAACACCAAAUAGGUUUUUGUGCCUGAGCGUUAAAAAAGCUUUAACAGUGAUAAUAAUCUGAAAACUGUAGCUUCUCUUUCCAAAGACCGGCCGAGUGGAUGUAACUCUGCUGUCCAAACCAAAACAGAUGUUUCACUGCAGGGAAACUAUUUUAUUUUUUAUCACAUGCGUGUCUCAGAGAGGUCAGGAGCACCUUUAGACCUCACACAGGCCUGGAGACCUUGGAAAAAUGUUUAUUCCCCAACCAGUUGGUGAAGGCUGAUGACAGAAUCAUCACUAAAGUCACACAGGCCUAGAAACCAGUGAGAAUCCACCUGGAAACCAAAGGUUACCAGAGAAAAAUCCUACACUGGUUGGUGAAUGGCGCUACACCAAACACGUCCUUGGGAUUCCUCUGACCUCUAUCAGGUUACUGUGCUCAGCUGUAAAUCGUGCAGAAAACCAAAAAGUGUGAUGCAAACCAGAAACUAGAAAAAAAGACAUGAGAUUACUGCUGACACAGCAGUAAUUUCAUGUUUUAGGUGAAAAUAGUUAUUUUUGCAGGUGAACGGCUCUAUUUCUUUCACUACCGACUGGCAACUGUGUUUACAGACACGUCUUCUGUGCAAACUGCAGGCAACAGAAGCAACCUGCUAGUGACCAAAGCAAAGAGGAGGAUUUGGUGCAGCACCCUGUUAGCAUCCAACUUCACCUAGCAACUGGCAGCCUCCAGCCUCUGCAAUAAUGAUAAUAAAUCCAGAUGUUUGGGCAGUCAAGCAUCUGGACAGAGGUGCUCCUCGAACUCUUACAGACUCGUUUGUGUUCUUAAAAGUAAAACAGCUUUGCACCUGAGAGAAAUAUCUCCUUACUCAGAAUGCAGCUUGAUCCAACGAUGUAUAUAGAACGAUGCAAACUAUGGAUCAGUUGGGACAAAAGUGAAACUUUGACCAAAUUCACUUCUUGUUCAGAAUGCAGAAGCGGGACUUUAACGCUAUAAGCAGAGACAAAAUUUAGCUCCAACACAUGUUUCUAAUUAAAUAGAUAAGUAUUCUAAUAAUAUUUUAGGCAAUAUAAAGAUUUACUUUUUGUGUUCCAAGUCCUACUUCUGACAUUUUCAGGGUUAAACUCUGAUGAUGGCUGAACAGAAAGUGAAACUUACUUGGGGCCUCUGAUGAUGAUGAUGAUGAUGAUGAUAAUCAUUUGCUCUGUAAUGUCAAACAGAAAGUCUCCAAUUUCAGCUCAGUCUUGUUUGCAUGAUUCCCUCAGCUCCCCUCCCUCCUCCCGUUCCCAUUUUUUUUAAAGAUUGACAAAAUGAGAUCAAAUAGCAAAAAGACGUUGCUCCAGAGGAAAUAAAGCUGACAUCCACUUUUGAUUCUUACCCAUGAUGCUCUCUGUGAUCUUAUUGUCUUACAUUGUUUGCUGAAAUCACCUGCGCCGCAUUAACUUUCUGGUGAUGACAGAGAAAUGUAACCACUCUUAUGUCCAUGAGCAAUUUGUUGAACUUGAAAUUUGUUUUGUUUACAACAAAAAUUGACACCGCUUUCAUCUCUGCACAGGAAAUAUUACUACUGUGAGCCGACUUGGCUUAAAGGCUCUUUCCAGAAGUGAGUCACUCCAAAUGUCCUACUUUAGAGCAGAAAUAACUGGUCUGAUACAAAAAUGAUUUUAGCCUCUUGUCACGUCAUCGUUAUAUAAUUUCUUUGUUGUCUUUUUUAUAACUCAUCCAUAUGGAUUUAUUGCUGCUACAUUAUAUUUACAGAUGAUAUGAUUUGCUUGUGAAGGAGUCCAAAAAGUUUGUGCUUGAUGGGGAAAAUUCUCUUUUCCAUUAAUUAAAUUUAAAUUAUGUUUAUGAAAGUAGCUUUGGCAAUGUAAAAAACAUGACUGAAGAUGUUAUUAGCAGACUGUGCUUUUCACCGUAUCUAACAAAUAUGAUCACUUACGGCUCCCAAAAGGGUUACGUCACGAAGACCCCAGCCAUCUUUUAUAUACAGUCUAUGGUGUUUACCCUACAUGUAUUGGUGCUGUCAGUUGUCACUGUCAAACCUUUAAGUGGUCACAGAGGUGCUGAUCAGAUGAGAAUGAGAUAUUAAUCAGAU